ACUAAACCCGAUUUGACGAGAAAUUGAAACUGAUUACAAUGCCUAGAUGGCAGAAACUGAAAACCUGCGUCAAAUUUGAUGUUAAGCCCUAGUAGGGUUUUUCUUGUUGGGGUUUAACGAAAAGAGCUGAGUACUCCUCAAGUGUUUUAGACGUACUUUGAUCAUGAAAGCGCAAUGGCGACGAAAAUUUACAGCAUCUGCAGUCGUAGAAAGUUGGUUUUGACAUUACAUUCUUCGUCCAUUCAUCAGAAUUUAAUUGAACACAGACAAUCAGCUGUAGAUAGAGCAAGGACAGCACCAUUCCGUAGCAUAAGUACGAGUUCGUUAAAGAAUUCAUGGCUUGACAAAAUCAAGGGAUACAUUCCUGGCCUUAAAAAGUCAGAAGAUCAACCUGCUCAACCUGCUGCUGCCCCUUAUGUCCCACCUUCUUUCUCAUUAGAAAAUUAUGCUGAUGAGCUUAAGAAAGCUCGCAAAAUGGGGGCCCUAGAGCAGUUUGCUAAAGGCCGCAGUGGGCAAGUGACGAUGUCUGAAGCUAUUCAGAAACAGGAGGCUAUCAUCAGAGCGCUUGCGUCCUAUGAUUCAACUGGAGAGCACCUGGAAGCGAAACAUAAGGUGGAUGCAGCUAAGCGUUGUAAUUGCACUAUGGUAGACGUGGAGAAUGCACUAUCUAAAUUCACAUGGGCGAAGGCUGCACAAAAGAAGAUAGAUAAGUUAAAGGAGGAGGGAAAGCCAAUGCCAAAAAACUUAGCUGAGGUACAAAAAUUGGUUGGAUCUUCCCCAAUUGAUAUUGCAAAUUCAGCUCUAGCAAAACCUGGAAAAAUAAGUCGAAACGCAAAUUGCCCAUGUGGUUCCAUGAAGAAGUACAAAAAGUGCUGUGGCAAACAUGUCUGGUGAUGUGCUUUAUUGUUCUGUAUUUGCUUGGAGGUGCUGUGGCAAGACUUAACUUGGUCAUAAUUUGAGUAUGAUUGAGCUCACGGCAUAUAUUGUUCAUGUCAGGGUGAAUUGGAGGUCAUCCAAGGCGAAGACUCUGAAGAAUCAUAAUGCUGGUUGAAGACAUGUAAAUCUUCAUCUUUAAACUUGAGAAGUUUUGCCAGUAACUCAGCCUCUUUUGAAUGGUUUUUUUGUGUCAGAGUAUUAUGGAUAUUUGUUUCUUUUUGGGUCUUGUUUAGACAUAAUAAAAAAAAUUGAUGUUAUAUUUUGUCAA